ACCGGAAAUCAACGCAUGCCAUAAAUUCCACUGGGGAUCUCCCUGGGGUUUUCCAUCCUCUUGCUCAGUUUCGGCACUCACAGUUUCCAGCACUCCGACAGAAUGAAGUGGUUCCCAGCGUGUGUUCCGUCGGCCGCGGUAAUUAGCGCGAUCCUGGCUCUGACAUCUACAACAUUCACCGGGUGCCAAGCCGUAUGUGAUGCCUACGGGAGUCGUCCUGCUGCCGAAAUAGGAAAGAAUCUCACACUUCAGUGCACCGUCAGCUGCUUCAGUUUACAGUACAAGUGGAUUUCAGUAACAGAAAGUGCCAACAUCACCCUGGAGAAUGAAACCAAAGAUACACUGAAUAUAUCCAGCAAUGUUACUUCUGUGGGGGAGGUGGGAGGCAAGUUGUACGAGUGUCAGUGUGUGAGUGGAGGCUGUCUACUCUUCAGAAUUGGAGUGAUGCCUGUAGGUCAUCUGUUUUUUUCAAACAACAUAAUCAAAUCCGGGAGGCCAGUCAAUGUAACCUGCGAAGCAGAGGGUUACCCAUCCGAUUUCAGUUUCAAAGUUACCCACGAAGACCACCAAAUCCAGACCAUCCACCUGCCAGGAGGAAAAGGAGUGUACUUUGUGAUAGAAUCAGCCUCCAAGAAUGAUUCUGGAAAGUAUGCAUGUUUCCCUGAGGCUACACUCCCGGAGUAUCCUAAUGAUCCACUACAGGGGAAUGCUGCCAUUGUACAGCCUAACUGUCUAUGGUGAGUUAAAGCAAACUGACUAGUAACUGACCGGAGCUGCUUUCUCUCAAAUCCUAGUUGCUUCAACAAACAAGUUACACUAUGAACCGGCAUGCUUUGAUCCUCUUCCAAUAUCUGUCCCCAGAUCCACCAUUCAUUUCAUAUGUAAUCAACGCACGGUUGUCUAUAGCCCUGACAAAAAGCAGACUGCAGUCUUGGAGUGUGCUGUAGAUAACAGAGAGGACUGGCUGAAUGUCUCAAUCAGUUGGACAGCAACCGGCGACAUGGAGAUCACAGCACCUCACACAGUAGUAGAGGCCAAUAAUGUGUCCUACUUGCUGUUCCAUAAAAUCUCCAACUGGAAAAACAACAGUCAUUUCUACACUUGUAAUGUUUACUCUGACUUUGGUCUGGAAGAUGAAAGGGUCCUUCAAGUGAUACUUUUAGGUAAUAACGUAGCUACUCGACUGGUAACAUGCUCACAUCAAGUGGGUAGGUAUUUUCUCUGAUAGCUUUAGAAUAAUAUUAUGUAUAAAUUAUAGCUGACUAUAAUUGUUGAUCACAUACUGUAAAACACCUUGCAAGAAUAGCACGAUCUCCUAUAAAUUCUGCCACAGAGCCUGCUUGUAGCAACUGUACCUGUCCAGACAAACCAACAACCACCACUGAUCCUGGUAAGUCUGCUAUCGAGAAACUCACCUUACAUACAUGAGUUCCUAUUGUGCUGUAGAUGAUCCUGACUGUAACGGGAAAGAUCUCCAUUACAAGUUUUUGCUCAUUCCAAUAGCUAUAUUGGUGGUCUGUCUUUUUGUGUGGAUUAUUCUUACAGUUUUGUUUGGAAAAUCGAUUUCUGAGAAGUCCUUCAAGUUUUUUCAUCUUAUAAAGAUACACAUUUCUAGGCUACGUCAGUGAUAAUUUGUUUAAUUCAUAACUUUUUUCUCUAUUGAAAGCCUGUCAACAUUCUCUAAAAUCAGUCAUUAUGUAUAGGUUUGAUCAUGGCAAGUAGCUAUGCUCUAUGAGCGCGCAUUAAAUAUAAUUUUAUAUUAUACUGUGUGUUAUAAUAAUAUUACUCAUUUCA